AUGGCCAAGCAAGACUCUCCCUCAGAAGCUGCGAAGCCCAAGCUGGCAUCAGACCUUCCAAAGGAACUCAUAGAAAAGAAGAUCCAGGAAUGGCUUGAAAACAACGUAGUUCGUGAUUUUAAAGCAAAGGACUGGACCUCGUCUCUGCUCCCAUACAUCUCCCUCGUUGAUCUCACACUGGAGCUCCCCCACCCUUCCAUCACCUUUUCAUACACCGUCCAGCCGGAGCACUGCAACCAGCUGAAGAACCUCCACGGCGGCUGCGCCUCGACCCUGUUCGACUUCAGCACCUCCAUGGCCAUCGUGCUCGUCAGCCGCCCCGACUUCUGGAACUACCUGGGCGUCUCGAGGACCCUCAACGUCACCUACCUGCGGCCUGUGCCCUCCGGGACCGAGGUCCUGGUCCACAACGAGAUCGUCCAGAUCGGUAAGAAGAUGACUACUCUCCGAGGGACCAUGAGGAGGAGGAGCGAUGGCACCCUUCUGGCUAUUUGUGAGCACGGGAAGGUGAAUGUGGAUUUUGGGUCCAAGAUUUAG